AUGGGAGCGCAAUAUUUAUCUAAGGUGAAAAAUGUGUCGAUCAUAUUUCUUGUAAUUGGGUUAUGCUUAUGCACCCUUGUUGAAUGCAAAAAACAUGUAAGCAUAAAAAACAGACUAGGAUCUGGGAAAAAUUUGAGCAUACAUUGUAAAUCCGGAGAUGAUGAUCUUGGAGCGCAAAACAUAGCCGAUGGACAAGAAUAUGGGUUUAGCUUCGAUGUUAAUUUGUUUAGAACAACAUUAUUUUUCUGUAAUUUAGGAUGGGAAAAAGUUCCACAGUAUUAUAUUGAGGCAUAUUCAUAUGCCAAGGACCAUGUACGGUGUGACAGUGAAUGUUCAUGGAUAGUAGCUGCUGAAGUAUAUGACAACGACAUCAUUCACUUGAGAACAUGUAAUUUUGCUGUUUCGGUUAGAAAAAGUGCAUGCCUAUGGACCACACUAAGGGCAGCACAGCAAACCAUGAUUGCUUCUCUUGUUGCCAAGGGCAAAUGA